AUGGAGAAGCAUGUUUUGGUAAACUACAAGAAGGGUCUUUUUAACAAGAUUCGCAACAAAAAAGUCUACAGCAUAGGUCGAUGGGACGCAUUAAUCGACGUAUACAAACACCACCCUAGCGAUCAGGGAGCCAUAAUUGGUCUUCAUUGUCAGGUCGGCUAG